UUCGCUGCACAGAGUGUUCUCAGCUGGGGGAGUCUGCAUCCGCUUGCUGCCGGGUCUAAAGAUACACACUUCUCACACUUCGAUUGUUUGUGUACAGCAAAGUGAGUGCAAUCGAGGCCGUGCUCGGAGCCAGGUCUGUGUGUGUUUAAACAUGGGGAACCGGAGAUCAGUCCAGCCCCUCCCGUUCCUGCCGCUGCUCCUACUGCUCCUCGCAAGGCUGUCACAGCUGUGGGCCUUCCCUUUCAGCCCAUCUCUGGACUUGGACGUCACCCCCAGGACAACUGUCUUCUCCAAAGGUCUGCUGGGCAGCGCUCGCUUCACUGGCUCUUCCCAGAACUACAGCACCCUCCUGCUGGAGGAGGAGGCCCGGCUGCUGUACGUGGGAGGCCGAGGAGCUCUGUACGCACUCAGCGCCUCCAACAUCGCCACACCUGCAAACCUCACGAUUGAUUGGGACGCUUCCCCUGAGCAGAGGAAGCAGUGUCUGAACAAGGGCAGAGACAAUCAGACUGAGUGUUACAAUCACAUCCGCUUUCUGCAGCGGUACAACGGGACCCACCUGUACGUCUGUGGGACGAACGCCUUCAGACCUCUCUGUGCUUAUAUAGAUGCGGAGCGGUUCGGCUUCUCCUCAGGCUUCGAGGAGGGCAGGGACAGGUGCCCCUAUGACCCGGCAAAGGGAUACACCGGCCUCCUUGUGGACGGCGAGAUGUUCACGGCCUCACAGUAUGAGUUUCGCAGCUCUCCAGACGUGCGCAGAAACUUCCCCUUCCCCACGCUCAGGACAGAGGAGGCCCCGACCCGGUGGCUUCUGGAGGCAGAAUUUGUUGGCUCUGUGCUGCUGAGGGAGAGCAUCAACAGCUCCGUCGGUGACGACGACAAGAUUUACUUCUUCUUCACGGAGAGAAGCCAGGAGCAGAUCGCCUACCCGAGCCAGACCAAGGUGUCCAGGGUUGCCCGAGUCUGCAAGACUGACUGGGGCGGCCAGAGGACCCUGCAGAGGAAGUGGACCUCCUUCCUCAAGGCCAGAAUGGUGUGUUCGGUCCCAGAGUAUGAGCUGCACCUCAAUAUCCUGCGCAGUGUGUUUGUCCUGCAGGGUCGGGACGCUCAGAGCAGCAUUUUCUAUGGCGUCUUUGGCCUGGAAUGGAAGAAUAUCAAAGCGUCUGCUAUCUGCCAGUACGCCUUCUCAGAUGUACAGAAGGUUUUCGAGGGGCCGUACAUGGAGGUCCAGGACUCAAAGUGGAGGGAGUACACAGGGAAGGUACCAGAGCCGAGACCAGGAUCUUGUAUAACAGAUCUGCACAGGUCCCAGGGCAUCAACUCGUCUCGAGACCUCCCAGACAACGUCCUCACUUUCGCCAGAAGGCACCCACUCAUGGCCAGCCAGGUGCACCCAAUAGGGGUUCGCCCUCUCUUGUUCAAGAGGAGUGUCAACUAUGUCAAGAUAGCUGUGCACAAGGAGCCGGCGCUGGAUGGAAACAUUUAUACUGUCCUGUUUUUGGGAACUGCUUAUUCUAGUGGCUCGCUUGACGAGGUUGCAUCUCUUCCUACAGAUGACGGUUGGUUGCACAGAGCUGUGGACAUCGACGGAGAAAUGCAUAUCAUAGAGGAGCUGCAGUUGUUUGAUAGACUGCAGCCCAUAGAGAGCAUGGUCAUAUCCUCAGCUCUGCGGAGCAUUUAUGUCGGCUCCCGCUCUGGAGUCGUGCAGGUGCCGAUGUCAGCCUGUCAGAGAUACACGUCCUGUUACGACUGCGUAUUCGCCAGAGAUCCGUUCUGUGGCUGGGACGGGAGGGUGUGUGUGGAAAUAUCUUCACGUGCACAGAGGUCAAACCUAACCCAGGACAUCCUGAGAGGGAUCAGGGGCUGCAGGGAGAAUUCCGGAAAUGUGGUCCAUCGGAGGCGUUCCGUGAUGUCCGGCGACGAUGUGCUACUACAGUGCGAACUACGCUCGAACCUGGCAACUCCACGCUGGACUCUAAAUGGCAAAGAGCUCCAGGGGUACGACCUCGGUUCGGGCUACCGAAUCGGCACGGAUGGCCUCCUCAUAAUCGGAGCUCGUGCCCAGCAGAGCGGUUCCUAUCGCUGCUUUGCUGUCGAGAACUCAGUCUCAGUCCUGGUUUAUCUUUACACGGUAAGGGUGCACACAGACCCGUACUUCCCCGUGGAGCCCACAGCCACGACUAACCCCACUACAGUUUCGAGCCCAACUGUUUUCUCCACAAGCAGCCCCACUGAGCAGCCUCUGCCCUCACCUCCCGCCCCGCCUCCUCCGGGACCUGAGUUCCAGACCUACAGACACAUGGAGGCCGUGUACAUCUCUCUGGUGGCGGUUCUCGGAGGGCUUUGCUUGGUUCUGACUGUGGUGCUGCUUUAUGUGAGCUUCUGCACCAGACGGGCCUCCCGGGACCGGAAGUUCUCUCAGCAAGGGCUGCAGGUCCUGGGGGCCUCUGAGAGAAAAAGGAGUUCCCAUUUUGAACUUAAAACCAUCUCCAGCCACUGCAAUGGCCGACAGGGUCGUCAGUCCAUCUCGUUGCCAACGUUCGGGGACAUGGGCGAUGGUUUCCUCCAGAUAGUUCCAGGUGAGGGCCAGAUGUCCCCAACAAAAACACCACCUCCGGCACCUCCGCUUCCUAUGCCACCACCACUUCCCAACAUGGACUACGCCAACGGGCUGUCGGCCACUCUGCCCAGUGUGCUGAGGAAGAUGAAUGGGAACAGCUACGUGCUGCUGAGGCAGGCUGACCCCGAGGGCAUGUCACCGCUCUACCACUCCUUCACAGAGGAGCUCAACAGGAUCCUGGAGAAGAGGAAACACACACAGCUCGACCUGCAGCCUGAUGAGAGCUCCAUCUAGGACGCCCCUCUCAGUCUUUGUCCCACAGUUAUUUAUUUUUACCCCAACUGUGACCUGUAGUUGUGGGGAGAACUAACUACCAAACGCUGCUGUUAUUUACCCAGUGUGAGAGUACCUGCAGGUUGUGUCCUAAACUGAUCUGAAACGUGCAGCCUCCUGUGUCUCCCACGACAAAUGGCCCCUGAUUUCACUUCAGCAAUGGACAAAACUAACCAGAGAUUGCUAUUCAAAAAAAGUGAAGCGGUGAAAAAUCUGGCCAAAGACUGCACCAUUGCAUGAGAAGUUACCAUGAGGAGGGAGCUUAAUGAUGCUGCCUCAGCGUAGACUCUCUGGAGGCCUGUGAAAGAUGGUAGUCAGAUGACACACAAGACAACGGUGCAAAAUGGGACAUGAGUUAAAAAAAAACAACAAAAAAAUAAGGCCAGGAGGUGAUCGUGUAUUCCUGAGACUGCGGAAGUGUUCGGGAAGUUUUUACUGCCAUGUAAUAUUAGUCGUCUAUGGAGCUUAAAUGAAUACUCCACCCCAAAUCCAUCAGUAAGCUUUAGGCGUUGAAAACAUGGCAUACCUGUUUGUCCACGAAAUUUGCCCUGGGAUUUCCCGGUCUGGGCGGAGAACAGGUUUUUGACUCAGCCUAAGUCGCAGGACUGGAGUCCGCAUCACCAACACAAAGUCACUCUAUUCUGACGGUCAUGGUAGUUUGAUUCGGCUGGCUUUUGUCUUGACGUAGGCAGUUCAGGGGGGGUUUUAUGGGCUAAAGGGAUGGACGGCAAACUUUACAAAUCGUUCCACAGUCCAAAACAACAAAUCAAACAAUUCAUUCAUUCCACAUGAAUAGGUUUUCCAUCCCAUCUGACCUACAGGUGUGGCUGAUAAGGAGGCAUACAGGAGGAAUCUGUUUAAGGGCUGCACUUAAUAACUGUCUCCAUGAUCGAUUCAUUUGUCAUGUAAUUUUUUUGGCUUAAUCCUUUCAUUUCAAAAAGCAGCAGAAAACCUCCUCAUAAUGUCCUAUUCCAAGCUGAUGUCUUCGAGACACUCUGACCAACAAAAAAUAGGCCAAUCCUCACAUUUGAGAAGCUGAAAUCCGGAAUGCAUGGGAAUUUCGCUUCAUGAAUCACUUUGCUUCAUAAAUAAUCAACUAAUUAUCAUGAAUUCAUGCUGAUCACAAGCCUGCAUUCUCAGGCGUCUUACAGCCACCUUUCAAGCCCACAGUAGGUGCCUGUUUGAUACAUGAAAUAUAGAAUUUACGUGGAGUUUCACUUUAAGAAGUUCUGUUACAGCGCAUGAGAGCACAGGUGUGAAGACAAAUCAUACGUUUGUUUAUUUAAACCACUCUUUCCUCAUGUUUUCUUUGUUCUCGUGUAAAUAGCAAUAAUUACAUCCCUGUUGCAGCUGUUAGUGGCAAUGUGUCGUGCCAGUCCCAGUGGAAACACCUGUAGCAAACUCUGAAACUAUUUUUUAUUUUUUUUCUCCAUAGUGUCUUUCUGUUUUUCAGCAUCCCUGUGAGAAAAGAGAAGGAGCUGUAUGAAUUGCAGCUCUGAGUAGCCUGUUAAAAGAGCAGUCACUUUGUGGUCAGGUCGAUUUGAAUUCACCGAAGACCGUGGAAGAUCGGGGCCCAAGAGGCUGAGAGGAAACCACUACACAUCCAUUAGGAAAAAAAACAAAACCAAAAAAAACGAACGAGAUGCUGUAAAGAUAUAUGCUUACUUGCUGUUUUAUAUUUAUACACAACAUAAACAUACUGAUACUUUGUCAGACUGACGCACAAUGUUUGGAUGAUUAUUCAUUGCACCUUUUAAGACCUUUGCCUUCUCCUGAGACGCCAAGAAGGUCGUUUCAUGCCAACUAUUUCAAAGCACUGGAUCCUUUAAAAAAAAAAAAAAGAUGUUACAAAGAGAGAGGGAAAAAAAAGAAAAAAUGUUUUCUUCUAGUUGUUAAAACAACAGAAAAUGACAGCCACAGAUUUGUGUUUGUCCUCUGCUGUGAAAAGGCUGCUGGUGGCAAGUUUCCAAAUCAGAGUAGAGAGGACCUUCACACGUGCGACACACAAGAGCAUCCUCAGUGUUUACCUGACAUCAGAGCAAUGCCAAAACAACAUAAAACGGCAGAGCUUACGGUAUUUCUUCGGCAACGUGGACAGCGCCAGGAUCACAUGGUGCAUGUGUAACUUAGAGGGAAGUGACUGAAAUGAAUCUCUUGAGUAGUCUGUAAACGUGCCUCAGCCAGUGGUAUAUAAAGCUCUGUCUUUCCAGCCAAGUGUCCAAUCAGCUCUUGUGGCAGCGGCUCGGCGGCAGUCCUCUCUGGUGACCCGCAGCGCGCAUCUGUCAGAGCGUCGCUGACAGUAACAGCAGUGUUUGGCUCACCACCAUGAAGAGAGGACAGGGGGGUUUUUUCGUUUGUUUUUUUUUUUUCUCGCCUGUUUGCUUGCGUGGAGCAAUGUCGUCUUUGCAGGUAGAGGCGGAGAGCAAACAUUUUGACCUCCAUGUCCUGGUCGGCCAUGCGGGGAACGGAUGAUGGGAAAAUAGGGCCUGUUUUUGCACAGGAGAGUUUUCAGUCAUCUUCUCGUUUUCCGCAAAAGCCAGUUCAUUAUGAACCUCGACUGAUUGAGAAUAUAGUCUAGCCAAUGCACUCUGUGCAGACUGGUAAAUGUGCUGGUAACGAUGGAAGAAUCUGUAUACUUAUAUAUAUACUACUUUUAAAUACUUGCGCGCUUGCGUACUUAGCUCUUUUUUUUUCAGUCUUUGCACAGUAGGUAUUGUCACUUUUUGUGUGUACAGCUGAGUGCAGCAUGCGCCUCUUGUAUGCAGGUAUAAACUCUCUGCAUUCAGACAUUUUACCCCACUUCUGCUGAUUCUGUGAUCUUAUGCCAAGCAUCAGUCCCGCAAACUGGGAGAAAGAUCUGAUUCAGUGUAGCAGAUAAAGGCCCGUCUCUUUAAUGACUAGAAACUAUUCGCGCAAAUGUAAGAAAUAUAAAUUGAUUUGCGAGAGAGAGUGAACGUGCCGUUUAAUGUGGCCACCCAGGCUUUCCCACUCCAUACCUAACCAUUUAAGAUCUCUUACACAUUUACAGUGGUUGUGUUUUUCUCUAAAAGUUCUUGUCGGCCUUGUUGCUCAUACGGAAAAGUGUUUUGAGCGGUGGUUAUUUCUCCCCUUGACCUUGCCUCACCUUCAACUGACCGACAUGUCCCGGUUAUCUAUGCAGAUAACAGGUCAAGACACAAGCUGAAAAUGUUGGCAGAAACAACUUUCAGCUUUCGACUUUACGGCUUUCCUCUUGUCAUCCUCUCCAGCCUUUUGACUCGCUUUCAUCCUCAUCCUCAUCUUCAUUCCUUCCCUCUCUGCUGCCUCUUUUGUCUCCCCGUCUUGUCACCCCCGCAUGACCGCAUCACCAUUCGCACUCUCUCUCAAGGACCCUGCUGGGUUUACAAAUGGCCAUGAUGGCCCCUUAAUCGAUUACAGCCAGAUUUCGAGGAUCGUUCGAGUUUGUGUUGGCGAAGGCAGGGAUUGCAGCAACCAUGGGAUUCUCGGCAUCAGUUUAACAUCUGAGAUGCAUUUUAUUCUCAGAUUUCUAGCUGAAGUUAUGAGAUAUUUUUCAUUGCACGGAUUUCCCAUAUGUAUCAGACAGAUUGAAAUCUGAAUCUCUGUCCCUUCAUUUUUAAUGUACUCACAGUGCUCAAAAAGAGCGACUGGGAUCGAUAAGAUUUUCUGAUCCAUGCUAAUUUAUAGGUGCGAUUCACUGGAGGUGUUCUCGUUGGGUUACAUUUUAUAUUCAGUUUAAAGUCUGUAAAAGGAUUGCAGUUUCUACUGAGUUCAACAUGUUGCUGUACUUAACCAUGUAUUAUAUAAAAGCUCCCAUAAUCAAGUUCCCUCAUCCACAAGUUGUGGACGAUCCUUAACAUGUUGGAAGCUUCAUCUGAAUCUGCGACCACAGUUGCUGCUGCUGCUGCUUCUUUCUCUCUCCAGCACAAUCUGUUUACAAUAGACAAUGGCUCUGCACUGUACUGUGUACUGUACUAAGGACUCUAGGUAAAAAUAGCUAACGUGUUGGCUACCAGUUUUACAUUCAGCUUGUUUCUGCACACAAACCCACAGUGAAGCACUUGUUUUUGCGAAUUCAAUAACAGUUAUUACAUCCUGCUGAUUAAAUAUGCAAGCUACAGUAUAUUUUAUGUAGAUGUAGGUUAUUUCUCUAAGUGUUGGCCAAAGAAACUGGUGUAAAGAGUUAACAAUUUGCACUGUUGUUACGUAAAUACUUUGUAGUAUACCCCUGUAAACUGUGACACUGUCCAUCAUGUUGGUUCUGUAUGAUUUUCUGAUGUAGAUAAUGAACUCACCUAUGUGGUCUCGACUGAAUUGACAUUGUUGCUUCUUGAAAUGAUUGUUUAACCACCGGAGCUGUUGACAGAACUUUUUUAUGUUGAGUCUGAUGUCUUAUUUAUUUGAAUUUAUUAAAUUUUCACUGGCUUUUGUGCAGAUAAAAAAUAAAAAUAAAAAACCCACUUUGCAUCAGCUUGGGGAAAAAAAUGUUCAUUGUCAACAGCCCUGGGGGGGGGGUCAGGAAACAUGUUCGCACUGGAUAUUCUCAAGACACCAUGCUACUCAAUUGUUUUUAGCUUGUGGCGGGCACCGAGGCCACUGUCCUCCACUGGGAAGGGAGCCUACAUUAUCCCAGAGACAUUUACAUACAUUUAUAACGGAGCAGACAUAUAACAUGAGCUUAGUUGGGGAUAAAAUGACAAUUUGUUUUUCAGAGCAGUGUUCAAGGUUUGUAACUUAGCAAAAGCAGCUUUGUUUAGAGACUUUAAUGUCCCAGCAUGGGUCGGGCUGUGCCAGUUCCCAUUGGGGAGCACAGGGGUGAUGGGAGCAGAGUGGCUCUGAUUUUCACAUCGUCAGGCAUUUCAUUCUUUAACUCCGUGCCUUUUAUUAAAACAGGCAAAGCAGCCACAGCAACCGAAGUUUCAUUUGACCUACAGUUGGUCAUAUAAAUUUACAGAUAACUUAAAAUUUUGCAACUCUCAUUGUUUAAGCAGUGACAGACACUAACUCCAGUGGUGAAAAGUAACUAAGUACAUUUACUUAAGUACAAUUUUGAGGUACUUAUACUUGGCCAUUUCCAGUUUCUGCUACUUAAUACUUCUACUCGACUACAUUUCAGAGAAAAAUAUUGUACUUUUUACUCCAUUAAAUCCUCUGACACGCAUAGUUACUAAGUACUUUUCAGAUUAAGAUUUUAUAAAUGAAAUUAGAAAAUAUGCAUUAAGAAAGAUUUAACUACCCAACAGUAUAUACAUAUGUUAAAAUGAGCUCUAACUUAUAAAUCCUGCUUAUAUGGUAAUGAAUUGGUAAUAACAUUUCAACAUAUAAAUUUAAUUU